UCAGCAGACGCCGUUAGUGAUUGUCAUGUUUGUUUUCAUUGCGAACGUCUCGGAACGUGUGUCUAGAUAGUUUAAACAAUUGUCAAGUUUAACGUUUCAAAGAACGGUUGACUUAAGAGUUUAGCUUUUACCAUAUUCGAAUGUUGGAAUCUGCGAAUUACAGCCAUGGAUCAGGUUAUCAACUUCGAUAAAACCUUCCAAAUUCGUCUGGAUGAGUAUGAAAAGGUUUUCUUCGGAGGCAAACGAUUUCCAUACGCAAAACUCCAAGGUGAGUGGGCCUUUCACUUGGAGCUCACUGUGGAGCCGAACGGCUGGAGAGCGAUAUGGGACAUCCCCCGGUCACAAUGCGAAGAACUCAAGCUACCAUUUCCUACCAUCGUCCUGGUUUACGUGAUUCAAGUGCACCAUUCCGACUUAUCAUCGUUGGUUAGAAUUUUGGCUGUCCAGGAUGAAAAUAUAGACUUGCCGGAUAAGCACAUAGUUCCCCUGAUCCAGCUGUGGGUAACCAAGGGGCAAGAUGAAAGUAUUGCCUUGAAACUGGAUUCAACUGCCAACGCUUUGGAUAUGCUGAGGUUUUUUUAUUUGAACUUGGUGCGACCGUGGGAUGAAGAUGAAGACUGUGCAGACUGGAAGGGAGAGCAUUUGAUUGCCAGACUGAAACUGUUCUAUGAUAUGAGAAAAGGAAACAUUCCCAAAAGGGCAGUGGAACAAAUAUUCACUUUAAUAAACGAAGCCAAAGCACUGAGUUGCGAAAAGGAGCAUCUGGUCAACCUCUGUGCUAGUCUGUGUCUUGACUACGAGGACAAUGUGGAACAUGAAAACGUACAGAGAUUAAUAGCAGUCACUGUGCGGCUGGCGCAAAACCAACACGAACUGACACUGUUGGAGAACGAAACUUUCAGGAGUGUGAUGCUGAAGUCCGGAGAGUACGGGAAUUUUCCUCCAAUGAUCGAAGGCAAGCCACUAGUUUGGUUGGUGACUGAAGCUUCCACAGCAAGAAAUCACAUCAAGCUGUUCGAGUCCAUAAAGGAACAAUACCAAAAUGAGCAAAUAGCCUUCGCUCCGAGCUUUACUGAGAAACUGCUAUCUGCAAACUCAGGCGAUACGAUUUUGCUCAGUCCGCAUCAACACAAAUUCAACCAUAAAAGGUAUUUGCUGGAAAACUUAACUAUAAAAGGCAUUGGCACCGCUCAGGUAGUUUGCGUGCCAUUAUUGGCCAAUACUACGUCGUUUGACUUCCACGGGAAAAAGUCUGUGAUAGAAAACAUCACCAUUGACUGCAGGAAAGGGAACUGUGCAGUCCUAAUCCGCACUGGUCAUGUUUCAUUGAAAAACUGUAAAAUUAUCGGCAAAAAUUCAUCCGCUAAAACGCAAGGAAUUGUCGUUUUGAAUGGGGCGAAGCUCUCACUAAUUGCCUGUGAUUUAUCGGCAUUUUCAACUGGCAUAGUGGGAAAUAGUGGUUCUGAACUUGAAAUAACUGACUCACUAAUUUCCAAAUGCCAAUCAGGAAUCAAAGCAUUUGAAGAAUGCCAAAUAAACAUUCAAAACACCAUCAUAAAGGACUGCGAGGAGUUUGGAAUCAUCAUUCAAACCGAUGAAGACUUUGGCUUUGAUCAGAACUCUGAGCAUUCCUUCGAAAAGCUGAACGCAAUUCCUGAAAUCACCGCCAAGUUGGUCAGUGGAAGUAACAACAGAAGUGGCGAUUUAUCCGUGAAACCAUUUAAUAGUAAAGCUAUUGAGGACUUGUUUGAAAACCCAGAUCUUGACCCGACGAUUAUGGAGGAUGCUGAUGAAUCUUAAAAAGUCUAUUGCAAUUUUCCCAGCUUUACACUUGAGAACAAUAUUGAAUCAAGGCCCUGGUUGUUUGGAACAAUAAAACGGUAACUGUUUGUAUGGCAUUCUGCAUAAAUCUGAACAGCAAAUAGAUUUUCUUAUAUACAAUUCAAAGAACACUUGUCUAUGACAAUUCUUCUGAGUUGAAAUAUGCAUAAUCUGAAGGCAUUUUUAGGAUUAAUACUUACAAAAUGAUUUAUUUGAGCAGUUCGCCGACAAUUUUCGGGUUGUUGGAAUGUGAAGAAUUUGCCGUUUUUCCAACAGAUCAAAUUUUUCAUGCAAAAUACCCAAGACCCCAAAUUUAGAGUUGCGGGAAAGAGAGCAAUUCCUCACGUUUCAAUAACCAGAAAUUCCUCGUCCAAUUUGAUGUAAAUUGAAAAUCUGAUUUAUUAAUUUAUUAUUUGUUUCUGCAAAAAGUCGUGCGUAAAAUAUUGCAAAAUAAGAUUUGAAAGAAAUAUUCACAGGCGCGCGUUUGAAGUUGCAAUAGAUCCGUGUUAGCAGUUUCUGCUUUAUUUUUCUCGUUUUUGUUAUGUAUUUUUUAGUUAUAUUAAAUUUGUAAUAUUAAAGUUUGUAUAAAAACUAAGGAAAAUUGGCAAUAA